AGAAAGGGCAGGGCCGGAUGGGUCGAGGCCGAGCUCCGUGCUGCGAAAAGGUCGGCUUGAACAAAGGCUCAUGGACGCCGGAAGAGGACUUGCGACUCAUAGCUUUCAUCAACAAGCACGGCCAUGGAAAUUGGCGCGCUCUUCCCAAGCUUGCUGGGUUGCUGCGGUGCGGGAAGAGCUGCCGGUUGAGGUGGAUCAACUAUCUCCGGCCAGAUAUUAAGCGCGGCAACUUCAGCAAGGAAGAAGAGGAGACCAUCAUCGAGCUCCAUAAGUUGCUAGGAAACAAAUGGUCAAGAAUUGCAGCGUGCCUACCUGGAAGAACAGACAACGAGAUCAAGAACGUUUGGAACACACACUUGAAGAAGCGAUUGCGAUACCACCACCACAAGGAGCAGGAGGAGGAGGAGGAAGAAGAGCUCAAAGUAGUUGAGGACUCGCAGAGCUCAACGACAAAUUCCCCUCAUCUUUCUUCCACGGAUAUGAUGAUGAUCCCGUCGUGCUCUUCUUCGUCGGGAUUCUUGGAGGCGAAUCAAAAUGCCGACGCAGAGUUCUUCUUGAACAUGAUGAUCAGCGAUGAACUUGUAAUGGAAGAUGAAAUUUUUGAUGGGGAAAAUAGGCUUUUAGAGUGGUUGGAGGAGUUGGAGAAGGAGCUUGUUGUGUUCAGCAAAUGA